CCCUCGAAAACAUUUUAUUGGCCCACCUCUCCACAAAAUUCACAUUUCAUUUCCCGGCAACAAAAUCCACCAUACCAGAAAACAAUGAGAAUUGCAGAGAUUAACUCACCAGAUCUUCGUCAACAAGAUCCAAUUUCUCUCAUCAUUAAACAAAUCGAAUCAAUCGUCAAACAAUCCGAACUUCUCUCUCCCGAAAAUUCUCAUCCUCCAUUACCUUCAUCACUUUCUACUUAUCUUCGUCAAACCCUAACACAACUGAGUCAACUUGGUCAUCACUCGUUCUCUAACUCGGUGAAGCUUCAGUUAUGGAAGUUGAGUUACCGUCUAUGGAAUUCAUGCGUCGACCUUACAAAUGCAGGAUUAAAAGGACAUGUGGAGCUUCGUCAUUGUGCUGCGGAUAUGCUCGCAAUUGCUGGAGAUGUUUCUGGAGUUCCGUCUUCUGUGAUGAAAACGGCGUCGUUUUAUUAUAAAACUGGUUUGAUUUGGCAUGAUAUGAGGAAAUUUGAUUUAGCGAAUGAGUGUUAUGAGAAAGCUACUGAACUCGUUUCGAAAGUUGACAUUGAUUCGAUUUCUGACCUAGGAGAGAGAAAAUUGUUUCUUGAGAUUAAUGUGGCUAGGGCUAGAACUGCGUGGGAGGUUUCGGAGCGAAAUGUUUCGAUUACGCUGUUGAAUCGUUCGAAGAAGUUUUUAUUUGAAAUUGCGGAGAAUUUUAGGGUUCUUGCGGAACAAUAUUUGAUGUUUGGGAAAGCGACUUUGAUGAAGAGCGAAAAUUGCGAAGGAAAUGAAGCUUUGAAAUUGAUGAAUGAAGGAAUGGAGUUGUGUGAGAGAGGGCUAAAAGUGGUGAAGAAGACGGAUGAGACUCUGAGUUUGAAGAAUUUGAGAGAUAAAACGCUGCGUUUUAUUGCGGCAUUGCAUUUGCAAAGGAAGGAAUUUGAGAGUGUGAUUAAAUGUGUUAGGGUUUUGAGAGAUUAUAGUGGUGCGAAAAGUAGUGAUCAACAUCCCAGUUUGAGUGUUUUAGCAAUGAAAGCGUGGUUAGAGUUAGGAAGAUUUGGCGAGGCGGAGAAGGAGUUGAGGGAAAUGGUUAUGAAUAAGGAGGUUCCAGAGAGUGUAUGGGUUUCCGCAGUGGAGGCAUAUUUUAAGGCUGUUGGUGUGGCGGCUGCUGAGACGGUGAAGAGUGUUUUUCUAGGGUUGUUAGGGAGAUGUCAAGUUAGUGCUGGUGCUGCAGUUCGAAUAAUUUAUAGGGUGUUAGGGGAGGGUACUGGCGGAGAAGAGUCGAGGAUUAGAGAAAUUAUGGCGGAGGAAUUAGUUUGUGAUGAGAGGGUAGUGACACUUUUUCGUGGAGAUGGAGCUGCAAAAGAAAGAACGGCCUUACAUGCUGUCUUGUGGAAUUGUGCUGCAGCUCAUUUCAAGUCAAAAGACUAUGCAGUAAGUGCAGGGUUAUUUGAAAAAGCUAUGCUUUAUGUACCCAGUGGCACUGAGAAUAGAAUUCUUCAAGCAAAGGGUUACAGAGUUCUGUGUUUAUGCCACCUGGGUCUCUCCCAGCUUGAGCAAGCUAAAGAAUACAUCGAUGAGGCUGAGAAGCUUGAGCCAAACAUAUCCUGUGCAUUCCUGAAGUUCAAAAUAUACUUGCAAAAGGAGGAUCAUGCCGCUGCCAUUGCUCAGAUGAAAGCAAUGAUGAAUUGCACUGACUUCACUACAGAAUUCCUUUCUCUCUCAGCACAUGAAGCUGUUGCAAGUCGUGCUCUUCCAGUAGCGGUUGCCUCAUUAUUUGACCUCCUUAACUUUUACUCAUCAGGAAAAUCAAUGCCUGUUGCUGAAGUAGCUGUGUUCCGUACCAUUCUUGCUAUCCUUAUACAAGAAACUGGUCAUGAGCUUGAUGUCUUGAAAUGCAUGAAGAAAGCCCAAACUAGGCUAACUGAGCUAGGGCCUGAUAGUUUCUUUGGGAAAGGAGAGGUUGGAAGACGAGAACGAAACUGGAUUGCAACAAGUGCUUGGAAUGUAGGGAUACGAGCAGUUCGGGAAAAUAACUAUGAAUUAUGUGAAGAAUUUUUUUGUUUGGCAGCAAACUUUUAUGAUGUUAAGAUCAAUGGGGAAGUAGAAGGAAACAACGUGAUGGUUUGCAAAUCAAUCGUCCUGGCUGUUUCUGCUAUGGUAGCCACAGAGAAGAAAACAAACGCCAUAUUGUCUGAUUCGCUGUUAAAGAAAGCUAUAGAAAUGCUAAAUCGAUCUAUAAAGUUGGUAGAAGCGUCAUCCACCACAGAAAAUCUGGAAGACUGUCAAAACAGCAGCCUUGAUCCAGAUUUCAUGCUUGCACAUAUGUUAAAUGCAUAUGAACUAUAUGGAAGGAGUAAAGAUUUUGAAUCGCAACAGCUCCUAGUGAAGAACUACGUCAACUCAAAGGCAUGCAAUCCAAAGCAUCUACUUCACUUAGGUCUUGCUGCCUCACAAGGUCCACAUCUAAAUCCUGAGGUAGCAACACUUGUUCUGAACACGAGCCUUUCUGCUCUGCUUGCUUCACCUCUUCCAGACUACAACAAUGUCGCUUUAAUUAUAAGACGGUUAAUUACCAUAGCUGUGCUUUACAAGGGAGACGCGGAUGAUGAAGUGGUAUACAAUCUAUACAAACAGGCUUAUCGGAUAAUGGUGGGACUUAGAGAAGGGGAGUACCCAGUUGCCGAGGGGAAAUGGCUUGCUACCACCUCUUGGAAUAGGGCAGCAGUCCCUUCGAGGCUUGGACAGGUUGAUGGUGUAAGGAAAUGGACGAGUAUGGGGUUGAAACUUGCAAAGAAAGUACCAGGAAUGGAAACUUACAUGGCAUGUAUGGAAGACUACCUUGCUGGUUAUGAGAAGAAAAUUCUAGAGGAUCAAGAGAACAGGCGCAAGCUUUAACCAAUUUCAAUUACAAAUGACAGGAAGAUGAGUUGAGGUAAAUACUUUGUAAAGAAAGCAUAUAGUAAUGAGAAUACUUGAUGUUUUGAAUAUGGUUGCGUUAUUUUGUGAAUUAGAAAAAAUGACUGAAAAGGGGAGAAAGGGACAUUAAAGGAUAUUAUGGAUUUUAGCUUUUUCCAAUUGCAAUUGAACCAAAUAUGCAUAGAUAAGCAAGACAAGGGGAGGCGUCUCAUAGGGAGAAAGCGCGAUUGGCUUGAACUAGCCUUUAAAGAAUAGGGCUUCGAUCUCACCAAAAAUUUUCCUAUUGCCCUUAUUAGUCAUAGGAGGGAGAUUUGUGUAUAUAGAACCCUCUUUUGUGCAAGUAAAUUUGGCCAUAGUCUUUAUCGAUGUGCGUGUUGGAAUGUACUUCGGCUCUUUGAGUCCAUCAUGUGGUCAUUUUGGGGACAUUAGGGUUUCUUAAGGCAUGUGGUGACUCAAUGAGACUUUUAGUAUCGCCUUUUAAAUGUGUUUUCGAAAAUUUCUGUAAUGCCCAAGAAACUUGAAUAGUAGCCUAUGAAUGGAGUCAUUGAGACUUAUUCAGGUCACUAAUUACAAAUUCUUGUGAAAGACAGUCUCUUUGAGAGAUUAUCUCUAAUUGGA